AGCGCGCUCCGUGUGUCUCCACCGCAGACGCGGCUUUUCUGACCACGUGACUCGCCCGUGCCGCUCAAGGAGAGCUGAAUGGAUUUUUCAAGGAGAGCUCGGAGCGACAUGGAGCGGCACUGAGCGGAGCGGCAGCACGGACACAGCCCACCUCCGCCAUCCGCGCGCACAGAGACGCCCCUAGCAUGACCGGUCAGACUGAAUAAGGCCGCUAAGAUGAUGCGCUUCAUCCUGGACUGUCUGAGAGCGGGACGGCGGAGAGCUGCCUGCGCCAGAGAAAACUCAGUGGAACUACAAGGAAAGGAAAAAGAGGCUGCUGACGAUAAUGAAGUCAAGGGGCUGGAGGACGUGGUGGCUAUGGAGGAGGGAGCGCUGCAGAAAGAGAGGGCGCUGUCCCGGGACACCCAGCAGGCCCUGGAAAGCCUGGCUAAGAGGAGAGCCCAACUGAAGGAGGAAAUAGAGGGCAUUCAGGAGCAACGCAAACAGGAGGGCCAGCUGCUCCUGUCGCUGCAGGAGGAGCAGGAGGAGCUGGAACAGACAGUGCAGGAGUACGAGAAGGAGCUGCAGCGAGCUAACGAUGAGCUUCAGCACCUCCAUGAGGAGAUCAUCAAUACCAGAGCAAGGGUGGAGGACGCACACGCUCGGAUGGGCCCGCUGAAACACUCCAUUAGCGAGACGUACGCAGAGAUCACAGAGACCAAAGAAAGACUGGGUGAACUGAUUGCUGAGAUGAUUGCCAUUGAGGCAUGUGUUCCUGAGAUUUCCUGUCACCAAGUGGGGGAGCCCUUGAGCAUAGAUCUGGAGAACAGUUCAGGAGAGGAAGAGGAGGAUGCAGAAGAGUGCUAUGACCAUGUGUAUGAGGAUGAAAACCCAGUUCAACAAAUAACUGUGGAAAAAGAGCAGCAACAAAACAUAGAAGGCCUUGAAAAACUGCAGCGUUCUGCUGAGAACUUGAAGAGCAGUGGUUCAUCUUCAUUCACUGAGAUCACUUUGACCGAAGUUAAAGAAGAGGAUGCUUCCCCCAGAUCAAACACACCACAGCACAUGGACUCUCCUGAUCUGGAAGAAGAGGAUUUUGAGAUUGUCCAGUCUCUUGAUACAAAACCUGUCAGUCAGACCUCCAGCAGGGAGUUUGACUUCUUCCAUCCAGACCCUUUUGUAGAUCAUGACGUGUUUGGAGAUGACCGUUUCCCAAAAGUAGACAUGACAGAGUUCCUAUCUGGUGAUCCAUUCAAAGGCACCGACCCUUUUGCUUCUGAUGUCCUUUUCAAUGAUGUAGCAGAUGCCCAUUUCUCUCAGGAUUACCCUCUCACUGAAGAAAGCAAUGCUAAGGAACCAGACCCACUGCCCUUUGGUCCUGAGUCCUCCAGUAAACACGAGCAUGUUGAUACGUCUUAUGUUGUUGCUCAUAAUUCUGCUGGUGCUAACUGUAGUCAGUCCAUUGACUCUGGAAUGUUUGAUCAAAAUGUCCCAGACCCCUGUGACUCUGAGAGGUACACGCCAUACAGUGACAUCUGUCCUGAUGUUGGAAUCAGCAUCACAGUUAGCAAAGAGCUUGACAGCAUGGAGCUAAAUAACACAAUCCAAACUGAAUUUGAUCUCCCUGAAAGCUCUCAGCUUGAUGAUGGAGGGCGAUUUGACCCUAUCCAUUGUGAACAUAACGACAGUCAUGAAUCUCUUUCCAGUGACUCUUCCACAGUUGAUAGUUCUUUUGAUGCAGAUUUUGGUACCUUCACUGGCAUGGAGCACCCAGAGGGUGAAGUAGAAGCUGAGGCAGGACCUAGUUAUGUUAGAAGGAAUCAAGCAUUAUAUGGUCUUCAGAGGAUUGACACAAGCUCAUACACCAGUUUUCCUCUCAGUCCUGAAGACUAUGCUCCAGAGCCAGAUGUUUGUGCCACAAGUUCUAAAGAGGAAUCUGUUGAAGUUGCUGAUCCAUUUUCCUCCAAAGCUGACGAUGAUGCAGUUGGUGAAUUCAAGCCUGAACUUGAAGAUGCAGAAAAUCCUUCCCCUCAGAUUCAGCCUGGUAAUCCAAACCCCACCUGCCAAGAGUUCAGUGACCCUUGUGACUUUGAUCACGCAAAUCAAGUAAGCCACAGUCCAGAACUCACAGACGCAGAUGCAGAUGCAUAUGACCACAAAUUUGGAGAUAUAUAUUUCUUCACAGUGCGUUUAGACCCUGGUAGCCCGGAUGCCAGCCCUGUUUCUGCUGAAGCCAGUGACAGAAAGAAAUCUGAGAGUGACCAUACAAGUCCUGAAUCCAAUGACACAGAUGAAUUUGACUGUGUUGGUCCUGAGGAUGAGGAUCCCAAGCACUAUAGUCUUGAGGCUUAUGAGGACAGUUUUGACAAAGAGGAAUCCCCAGUCGGAACAGAGCAACCCUUCAGUCCCGAUCCAAAUAAAACAAUGCAGUGUGAAUCUGGGAGCAGGAGUCCCAAAGAAGACUUCUCAUAUCCUGAACAUGAAGACCAGAGUGCUAGCCUUGAUGUAUUUGGCCACAGUGAGUUUAAUUUGGAGAACAACAGUGCACUCAAAAACAUCCCACAAAACAUUGGAAAUGUCCCUGCUUGUACUACAGACAUAUGUUCAGAGAACUCCAACACUGAGGUUGUAGUUCAAUACCUCAUUAGCCCUGUCUCUGAUGGAACUGGGUUGGCCACUACCAAUGGUUACAAGCUUUGUUUUCACAACCCAUUCAGCCUUGAUUCUGGUAGCAUAGAUCACUGUGAUAACUUCAAAAGCAAUCCUGACUCUUUGAACACGAGAAACUAUGUUAUAAAAGAACCUGAGCUCAAUGCUUUGGACCCAUUUGAAACUGUACCCACUUACGACGCAACACAUGAAGUCAAUUCGGUCAAUUCUAUGUCUGUGGACUGUGGGAGGCUAGAUUCCGGUUAUCAUGAAAAUAGUGGGCUGGAUUCCUUCAGUCCUGCACCUGCAGAUACAUAUCCAUCUGCAGACCUGGCUCCAAGCUUUCUAAGCCCCAACCGAGAGAUGCCCAGUCCUGGUAUUUUGGAUCUGGAAACUCCUGAUCCUUUUAGCCCUGAGUCCAAUGAUACAUUGAUAUUUGAUUCUGAAAUCUGCAACCCUUCGAUCAAUGAUGGAGUUGUAAAAGAUUCAUGCCAUGCAUAUAGAGCUUCUUCUGACAUUCUUGGGGAUUCUUUUAGUGGAUCCGAACUGGACAGUUUUGACCCUUUCAGUCCUGUGCCACAUGCAACAGGGGCAAGUUACACUCAUUGUGGCACGGAUAUUCUUGUCCCUGGGUUGAUCCAGAACAAUUCCAAAUCUGACGCAGAAACCAGGUCUAGCAGCUGUGACUCAGGGGUCAGUUAUUCACCUCAACUACACUGUGGUACUGCACAAAACAGAGAAGAUUCUCAUCUAUUCGUUAACCCUGAUGGUUAUUUGCCCAAAUGUUCAACAAAAGACUGUUUUUUUGAGUCCGCUCCCAGCCCCAUUACUGAUGCUGGCUGUUCUGAAUCCAACAAUGAGAAAAUUACUGAACAAGACAAAAAUUCCCCCUUAAAUGUCACAGCGAUGGCAGAACUCGCUGAGAUCGAUUUUUUCUGCUCUGAGCUCAGCAAAAUGGUGGCCUCGCAUUCCACUGAUUCUGUUCAGCAAAGUGUUGCUGAAAUGCUGUUUGGCUCUAAUCCUGACACCGUCAAGUUCUACCCAUGGGAUUUCGAAAACAGCAACAUGGUUGUUAACGAGCCCUUGAGUCCAGAGGAUGAUUGUGAAAACAGCAACAAACUCAGCAGAGAUCUGCAGAAGUCAGAGUCCGGAACCAGACCACAAAGGUCCUGUGACCUUCUAGGUGAACUUCACAGCACUGCUGGACAUUCGCUAGACGAAGCCGAGAAACCCAGCUUGCUGUGAAUGGAGAUCCUUGUGUAAUAACUAAAAUGCAGUGACUGCUGAGGAUUUCUGGCAUUGAUUUAGCUAAGAGAACUCCUCCUCUUGUUCUCCAACAGGGAUCUCUGCUUUGAAAUCGUAGAGAUAAAUUCUUCCAGGAUCCGCCGUUAAUGUUAGUUUGAACGUACAGGUACAGGUGACACGAGCAGGAGUGUCUGGUAUAUAAGCAGGAUCGAUACAGCCUAUAUGUAAGGAACUGCCAGAUUACGUACAGGAUGAAACAAUGGUUACACAGUGGUCCUAGAGAGCAGAACCAUACUUAUCCCCUAAUCUUUCAGAAGGGGGAAGGCUUAUGCCAUUUCAGUGAUAGACUGAGUCCAGGAAAUAAAAGGGCCUGCAAAUCAAGGUUAAUGGCUAAUUUAAGUAGCAUUACUCCUUCACCUGUUUCAUUUGUACCUCUCGAUAUGGUGUACACAAAGGCACUGCACAGUUCAGUUGCCUUGUUCCUUACUUGAAAUGUUGCUUUACAUGGGGGAACAAGGCACUGAUAGUUUUGGUUGUAGGAGGUUGUAACAAGACAAUAAGAUGUAUCUGGUACAUUUAACAAAAGCCAUGUAGACAAUAAUGUUGUGUAAAUGUGUUUAUUUUCAGAGAAUACCAUUCACUGGUCUAACAAGCACGAUAUAUUUUCAGCUUCCUUACUAGCUUCUUGGAUCAUUUCAGGGGCGUAACUUAUGCCUUUAUUCAUAUAUCUCUAAAAACUUGACUUAAGGCCAUUCAAACAUAAACACUUGUUUAGCAGAGUUAAUUUUUACAAGUCUUUGACAAACAAGAAUUUAAUUGAAUUUACUGACAUUUAAAAAAUAAUAUUAAACAGUAGAAAUGGCACAGUGCCACUUUUUCUUUUCUAAUAGCUUGAGUAUUGACCAAUGUGCACUCCAACAAAGAUGGUUUUUCAAGAGUUCUUUAGAAAUGAAAAUUGAUUCUAUAUAGAACCAUGAACACUCAAAGAACCCUCUACAUGAUUAAAGGGUUAUUUGCAUCGUGAGAAUGUGCAUGGAUGUGCUAUACACAGUUCUUUAUGAAAAGGGUACUUCUAUUGUUACAAGCUUGAUAUUGUGACAUUAGAAGAACCUUUUUGGUGCUAUUUAGAACCCUUUUCAAAAAGGUUCUUUUUAGAACCCUUUACAGAUGCAAAGCACCCUUCAAUCAUGCAAAGUGUUCUUUGAGUGUUUCCUUACCAAAGAACUCUUGAAGGACUGUCUUUUUCAAGAGUAUAAUCCAGUAUGUAGUGUACUAUUGAAUAAAUACAGUGUGAACUACACUCCUAUAAAAGAUGGUGCUUCAAGGGUUCUUUAGUAAACAAAACCACUCAAAGAACCGUUUGCAUGAAGUUUUCUAUUCAUCAUGAAAGUGUUGUUCAGAUUGGUGGAGAAUAUGCUCUAGGUGCUUCUAUACAGCACCAAAAAGGGUUCUUCUAUUGUAACAAUAUAAGAACCCUUUUGGGUGCUACAUUGAACCCUUUUUAAAAAGGUUCUAUAUAGAACCGCCUAUAGCACAUUCAUAUUCAAUUCAGUGAACCCUUUUCAUUAUACAUUAAUCAUGCAAAGGGCUUUCGUGGUUCUUUAUAGAAUCGUUUUCUUUACUAAAGAACCCUCUGGUAUCUGAUCAAGCGGUUUCUGCUGAUAUCAGUCUGAGCCGUCUGGUAUUGGAUCAGUGCCAUUUCUACUGAGCUAGUUUGGUGGAGGUUUAACCUGAUUGUUUGUGUUGGAUUGUAUGUAAGUUCGAAACCUUUUAUACUUUUCAGUGUUUUCAUUUUCUAGUUUUUGGAAGGUUUUGAUCUGUUAAACAAGUCAUAGAAUUUGUGUGGCCUGCUAACUAUCCUCACCGCGCCUAGUAGCCUUUUAUACAGAGUUCUAUUAUUAUUUUUCAACAUUGUCUUGUAAACAUCGUGGAAGAGUUCUGCCUUUUCUUUCGUUUGAAAUUGCAAUAUUAGAAAUAUUAGAAGAUUGCUUAUAUUUUAUGAGCAGUUAAUAAUAUGAAAUGAUAUAUGUGAGUGUUCUGCGUAAUGUAAGUACUGCAAAUCCAAAAAAAUGAUCAUUUGAAGCGAUUACUGAUACCUGAUUUAUGUCCUUCUGUGCUCACACUUGUAGCCCAGUAGUUCCUGUCAUUCCUUGUUCCAUUCGUGCGUGAGGUGUUUUAGCAUUUGCAUCAAAGAGAUUGAUUUGUAAAAUAUAUAAAUAAAUGAGUAAAACUUUUAAAACGGA